AUGGAUCCUUCUGCUGCCUAUGAUUUGCUGGUGGCUGGUGUCCAGGACUGGGACCUGACUGGUGACUGUGUUCCUUGUGAGCUGCUGCUCAUCGGAGAGACUGCCUUCACGGUGCUGGUGAACCCUCAGGGGCAGGUCCUGGUCGCUGCCUCGCAGUAUGGCAAGGGCCGGAUAGGGGUGGUAGCUCACGAGGGAUACCUGGGGAAGCCCAAGAUGGCACAGUUCCUUCAAAAUGCAGUCAGCUGGCUCAGUAUCUCCCCCCCCGCCCCCAAAGGUCUUAUGGAGAUUCUCCAUAGGUCUGGCAUUAGAAUGCAGCCCUGCUCUGCGAUCACGUCCUCACUUGGCGUUUAUUGUACAGACGCCUAUGAUGAUACACAGAUGAGGGACCUGAUCCACUUUGUAAAGAAAGGUGGGAGGUUGCUCACUGGGGGUCAGGCUUGGCAUUGGACCUGUGAGCACAGCCGAGAGAGAGUGCUGUUUGAUUUCCCUGGGAACCGUGUCACCCAUGUGGCUGACGUGUACUUCACAGCCAGAUAUGGUGAGAAGAGGAUCUUCAACGUCUCAGGAAUGGUGCCAGCGAUUCCUUUGAUCAGCAGACAUGAGCUAGAUCUCUGCAGACACUUAAAGCUUCUCUUCAGAGGGGUGUCUGAGUUGGACAUAGUGACGGGUGGCGUGCCCUCUCAUUUGCUCGUCCAUGGGGCUUUGGCCUUCCCCCUUGGCAUGGAUGGCUCCUACCAGUGUUUUCUUGCAUCGGCUCACUACGGCCAGGGCCGUGUGGUAGAAGCUAUGCCUGAGAGCCAAACUUAUGUGCUGCAGCUGAUGCCGUUCCUUCUCAAUGCCAUUAAGUGGCUAGGUGCUGGGAAGAAAGGGAGGAUUGGCAUCAACCCCAACCUAAAGAGCGUCCAUGACCUGCUAACUCAGCAGAAGGUCGUGUGCGAGAUCUCAGCUCUGACUGACAACCUGAGCAUUUACUGCUGCCAGUCCUACAGUGACACAGAGGCCAAGAAGAUCCAUGAGUUUGUGUCAGAGGGAGGAGGCCUGGUGAUUGGAGGUCAGGCUUGUUGGUGGGCUUCCUAAAAUAGUGACCAGACCACUAUUGCUGAAUAUCCUGGCAACAGAAUCCUCAACCGGUUUGGGAUCAGCAUCUUGGGGCAAUAUAUGGAGACAGAUAAAUACCUGGUAUUAUGACCAGCAGAGGAGCUGCAAUGUUACCACUUCUGCAGGGCACGCCCUCAAUUCCAGCAGCACCUAGCCAAGAAAGAGGAAAUCCAGCCCCAGCUGAAGGGCUGGCUCCAGAAACUGGGGCAGGACUGCAUGGAAUUGCUCCAAAUCCCUAUCAGCGAUAGCCCCACAUAUUCCUUGCUCCACUGUAUCCUGUACACAAUACUGCACAGCAGUGGGAUCCCACCUGUGUGCAAGGAAUGCCCAGUCCAGAACAGGACCAAGGAGGCAGUGCUCCUGUGUCUGGCCACAGAGCUGUCCCAAACUAUGCCAGACUGUGACUGUGAACUUCCCACCAUCCCUCAUAUCACUCUGGAAGUCAACGGCAUAAACCCAGGUGAAAGAAGCUGUCCAUUCACUACCACCCACAAGUGCAAUGGAGAACAGGACCUAAGACGUGCCCCUGUGGUGAUAUGCAAACACAGCAUUGAAGAUCGGGAGAUGUCUGUCUCCUCUCUCCGGGGUGGCCUGAUUUACAUCAUAGUGCCAAAGGGCAGCCAGUUGGGUAACAUGCCUAUCACUGUGAAAGGGGUUAUGCAGGCUCCUUUCUUCAGGCUUGGAGAGACCUCUAAGCACCAGUGGGAGACCAGCAUCUGUCACUAUCCUGCUCCAUGGGGGGAACUAGCUACCAAGAACCUCAUCUUGACAGUGCCUUCUGACAGCAUUUGCCAUAUAGAGAACCCAGAGCCUUUGUUGACCCUCUGGGAGCAGAUAAUGGCAGCUGUAGCUAAGCUGGCAGCAGCACUGCAAACGUUUCCUCGGCCAGAAAGGAUUGUAGCAGAUGUUCAGAUCUCAGCUGGCUGGAUGUAUACUGGGUUCCCCAUUGUGUGCCAUUUGGAUUCAGUGAAGGAGUUAGUGAACAUGGAAUACAUACAAGCCAAUGUUCUGUGGGGUCCCAUUCAUGAGCUGGGACACAACCAACAGUGGGGAAGCUGGGAAUUCCCCCCUCACACCACUGAGGCCACAUGCAACCUCUGGUCUGUCUAUGUGCAUGAGAAAGUGCUAGUUCCCAGACAGAGAGCUCAUGAAGAGCUUCACCUGGGGCGCCAGAGGGAGAGGGUCAGAUGUUAGCUUGAGAAAGGGGCCUGCCUAAAGGACUGGAGUAUCUGGAUUGCACUGGAGACCUACCUGUAGCUGCCAGAAGCCUUUGGCUGGGAAAGCUUCGUUCAGCUCUUCUCAGAUGACCAGAAAAUGUCUAACAUCCCAACAGACAACCCUUCCAAGAUGAACCUGUGGGCAGAGAAUUUCUCUCAGCAAGUGAAAAAGAAUUUGGCCCCUUUCUUUAGGACAUGGGGGUGGUCUAUUAAGGUGGAAGUCUCCAAGAAACUGGAAUCUCUGCCCAACUGGGAUGAGAACCCAGUGAAAAAGAUUGACUUAGUCAUGAGAAAUAUUAGCUGUAAUGUUGAAGCAAACCUAGGUCCUGACUGUGGCAUUUAG